CCAUCUUCAAGUGUUCAUUUCAUUUCUCACCGGUUUGUUUUUUUGUUGUCUAUCUGUCUUUAGUUCUACUCUUCCUAUCCUUGUUGGUGACUUUCUCUCUCCACUCACUCCAACACAUACACAAGCGUGACUACUACUUUGUUCAACGCUCCACAGCACGCAACAUAACAUAAAAAAUAUGAAAAUUAAAAAGAAAAACUGAGUUAAUGAUUCUCACGUCCCACACCCUAGAAACACUACUGCACUUUCCUUCAAUCCAACUCCAAGUCACAACCUUGGCAUUUUCUGAAACAAAAUCUUUGUGCUUUCGUUUUUUAUAUUCCAAGUAAAGGCCUCUUUCAUUGCCAGCCAUGACCGAGGUCCUCCACUCCUCCCCACCUCGUUUUGUUGCUUCAUCACCACCAACAAAGACAAGGACAACAACAACAACAACAACAACAAAGACAAGGACAACAACACCAACAACCUCUUCAUUCUCUUCUCCCAAUGCCUUUCUCCUCCGACCUCUCUUGGCGCUUCUUCUGACCCUUCUCAGGAAAUCCUUCCAGCUUCCUCGCAAAAACAUCGGCUCCAUUAUGGACAUUGGCUCCCCAACGAACGUGCGCCAUGUUGCGCAUGUCACCUUUGAUAGGUUCAAUGGUUUCUUGGGCUUGCCUGUUGAGUUUGAACCUGAGGUCCCCAGAAGGCCUCCUAGUGCUAGUGCAUCUGUUUUUGGAGUUUCAACAGAAUCCAUGCAGUUGUCGUAUGACUCAAGAGGGAACAGUGUGCCAACAAUACUGCUGUUGAUGCAAAGGCAUCUGUAUGUUCAAGGAGGGUUGCAGGUGGAGGGGAUUUUCAGAAUUAACGCGGACAAUGGUCAAGAGGAACAUGUUAGGGAUCAAUUGAAUUUGGGAGUGGUCCCAGAAGGCAUUGAUGUACAUUGUUUGGCAGGGCUAAUUAAGGCUUGGUUUAGGGAACUUCCUACAGGCAUUCUAGAUUCAUUAUCACCCGAGCAGGUAAUGCAAUGCCAGACUGAGGAUGAAUGUUCUGAACUAGUGAGACAUCUACCUCAUACUGAAGCUUCACUCUUGGACUGGGCCAUCAAUCUGAUGGCUGAUGUUGUCCUACAUGAGCAUGUUAAUAAGAUGAAUGCGCGUAACAUUGCCAUGGUUUUUGCACCAAACAUGACUCAGAUGGCAGACCCUAUAUCUGCAUUGAUGUAUGCAGUUCAAGUAAUGAACUUCUUGAAGACACUUAUAUUAAGGACAGUGCGGGAAAGAAAGGAUUCUGUGGUAGAAUCAUGUCCUAGAUUUUAUCUACAACCUUCUGUAGAUAAUGAAAACCGUAGAAUUUUGGAGUCCUUCCGGCAAGAUACUCCUGCAGAAAAUGAAGAGGCUCAAGAAAACUUUGUUUUAGAGAAAACUGCCUUAGACCGUUCCCCUGAAUCACUCCAAAACAACUCAACUGGAGGAGAACCUGGCAGUUUGACAAACUCUUCUGAGAAUCUUGUUUGCAAUGAGGAUUUGUAUUGUGAGUUUCCACCCGUAGGAAACAUGGGGAAGAGUAAAACUGGCCAAUCAAGUAAGUCAAAUGCUAGAAAAGAGUCCAAAAAGACAAGAGGCAGCAACCUGUGAUCCAUCAAAUAGUGCCUGUUGAGAAAAAAAAAGGAAUUGGUAUUUUAAGUCACAUAGAUACAAUAAAUGAAUAGAUCAAAGCGUGGCUGUGAAGAACAGAAGAGGCACUGAAAUGUAAAUUGAUUAUUUGACAUUGUGGCAUUGUAAGUUUGUUUAUGUCUCAAGUUGCAAAUUGCCAGGGGAAGUUUGUGAAUUGGUCCUUUAUGAUUUCUUUUUCCUUUUUCCUUUGUUUGUUUAACUUAUCUGAUUUCAAGAAUAGUACUAUGAUCACACUAACAUUGUAAUGAAAUAUCAUUCCCUGUGUGUUUACUUGUGUUCAUAAUUAUUCCUUAAUAAUAAAUUAAUCUUCUGUUGCC